AUGUUGUCUAUCUUUCGACAAUACACAUUCGAUGACUCAUUCGAACAAAGCUUCAUAUCUAACAAAUUCUUAAAAGAAUACCAAAUUGCCCUCACAUAUGCCACAGAUUACGACGAAAACAACAUACCCACAAAUGGAAUUUUCUCACCAAAUUGGAACACAUCAAAAGUCACACCCGAAACAAUAAUCGAUCUAAAAAACAAAAACUCCGAAGUCAACAUUAAAGUCUAUAUUAGUAUUGGUAACAGUGGCACAAAUUUCCCAUUUUAUCCUCAAAACAACAAAACAUGGAUUCUCAAUGCAACAGAAUCUCUCACAAACAUCAUUAAAAACUACAAAGAUUGCAAUCUCCAAAUCGAUGGGAUUGAUGUUUUGUACGAAUGUAUCAAAACAUCACCCGUUGACUUUGUUGAAUGCAUUGGUCAACUUAUAAAGAAUUUAAAGGAAAACCGUGUUAUAAAAGAAGCUUCUAUUUCUCCUUCUUUUGCUCUGAACAAAGAAUAUUAUUUUUUAUUGUAUAAAUCUUAUUCUUCUCUCAUUGAUUGGGUUGAUUAUCAGUUUCAAAACGAGGUUGUUCCUGUUUUUGCACCCAAUAAAUUGAUGGAGGUUUAUGAUGAUUUGGUAAUGGAGUUUUAUCCGAGGAAGAAACUAUUUGCUGGAUAUAGUGCUGAGAAUGAGGAUUGGGCUACGUUGUCACCUAUUGUGUUUUUUCUUGGUGGAAUGAAUAUUCUUAAGAAGAGAAAAGGUCCUGGGAUUUCAAUUCAUUAUCAUAAUUACUAUCAACUAAACUCAAAUAAUGAGUGA